CCGGGGAGAGAAAGCCAAGGCAGGCGGGGGAGGGCUGGCCAUAGGACGGAUGGAGACUCUGACCCGGAGUGCAGUCUGACGAGGCGCCCCGCAUAGGGAACAGGAGGAGGCCAGAGGACUCGGCGUACCCGGCCCGGCCACACGGGGGCAUUGUGUCCAGUGGGAAGAGCAGCAGCAGGGGGGGGCUUUUGUUUAGUGAGAAGCAGCUGACAGAUUCCCUGAGGGAGGCCUGGGCUCGCCGUGUGUCACCUCGUCUGGGGUGCUGCUGCUGCAGCCUCCUGUGUGCCCAGCCAGGCAAAGGAAACAAAAGAAGAGGAGAACAAAGAGGGCAAGGGAGGAGGAAUCCUCAGGGCUCUGCCAUCAUCCCUGGCACAGAGUCACCCCCAUCCUUUUCUUCUGUGGGCUGGCUGAUUGUAGAUGCUGGGGGUGCAAACAAUAAUCUAGAGAUCUAUGGACACUAGAUGUCAUCUUAUGAUUUUAUGAAGAUCCUUCCCAAUUUUCUUUCAUUUGACAUCCUCGUCCAAGCAGUCCAGAUACUUCAUAAUAACCCCUUUGCAUUUUUGUGGGCAUUUUAUUUUUCCCCUUUAACCCAUUAUUAUAUUAUAUAAUCGUUACAAUCGGGGGGCUCAGGAUUUGGUUGUGUAGAUGUUGAACCAUGCUGGCCCUUGGGCACACAAUCCCAGACUCUAGGAAGGGAAGCCCGUCUUCCUUCCUCGUGUCCCCUCCCAGGUUCUAAUAGUCACCCCCCCCCCCCCAUUUAUUGAUGUCUGUUUUGUAUUCACUAGAAACUUGAACAAAGUCCCCCCUAAAGGAGCACAGUAUAUUUUUAUGGAAAAGCACAAAUGUUAUAAAGUGCAGCGGAUUUAGUGUGGGGAACUUUCCUUUCUCCGAUAUCAAAUAUGCGAGACUGCUACAGAGGAAAGACUAUUUUUGCCAGCGAUGUAAUAAGGUGUAAGAUUCUAGUUAUUUUUCCAUAAGCUAAAAUUACUUUUUGGUGUUUUUUUUGCCCGGGACGGCCACGGGUGCCUCUGAAAAUCUUUUAUCCCUCUGCUCUUCACCUGUUCCCUGUGUAAAGUUCUCAAGGCGCCUCCUGGCUUACACCCUUGGAUGUGAUGGAACUCAUGUUUGCAGAGUGGGAGGACGGGGAAAGGUUUUCCUUUGAAGACUCGGACCGCUUCGAGGAGGACUCGUUAUGUUCCUUUAUCUCGGAGGCAGAAAGUCUCUGUCAGAAUUGGAGAGGAUGGCGCAAACAAUCCGCAGGUCCCAAUUCUCCUACGGUGAAAAUGAAAGGAUUCAAUCUGGAGGUUACACCAAGAAAAAUGAGAAUACAUGAUGGACUUGUGAACCCAUUGGUGGAGCUGUCUGCAAAACAGGUGGCAUUUCACAUUCCAUUUGAAGUAGUGGAGAAGGUGUAUCCUCCAGUACCAGAGCAGCUGCAGUUGCGUAUAGCAUUUUGGAGCUUUCCUGAAAAUGAAGAGGACAUAAGGCUUUACUCCUGUUUGGCAAAUGGAAGUGCAGAUGAGUUCCAGAGGGGAGAGCAGUUAUUCCGCAUGCGAGCUGUGAAAGAUCCUCUACAGAUUGGUUUUCACUUGAGUGCUACAGUGGUACCGCCACAAAUGCUGCCUCCAAAAGGGGCCUACAACGUAGCUGUGAUGUUUGACCGCUGCCGAAUUACAUCUUGCAGUUGUACCUGUGGAGCUGGAGCCAAGUGGUGUUCCCAUGUCGUUGCCCUCUGCCUCUUUCGAAUUCACAAUGCGUCAGCUGUCUGUCUAAGAGCCCCAGUUUCAGAAUCCUUAUCUCGGCUGCAGAGAGAUCAGCUACAAAAGUUUGCCCAGUAUCUUAUCAGUGAGCUGCCACAACAAAUCCUUCCCACUGCUCAACGUCUUUUGGAUGAACUGCUCUCUUCUCAAUCAACUGCCAUCAAUACAGUGUGUGGAGCUCCAGACCCCACUGCUGGACCUUCUGCAUCUGACCAGAGCACCUGGUAUCUGGAUGAAUCCACUUUGAGUGAUAACAUCAAGAAGACCCUUCAUAAGUUCUGUGGACCUUCUCCUGUUGUUUUCAGUGAUGUCAACUCCAUGUACCUCUCAUCCACUGAACCACCAGCUGCAGCAGAAUGGGCUUGUCUCUUGCGCCCUUUACGUGGACGGGAACCUGAAGGUAUCUGGAAUCUUCUGUCCAUUGUUCGGGAGAUGUUCAAGAGACGGGACACCAAUGCAGCCCCUUUACUUGAGAUCCUAACAGACCAGUGUCUCACUUAUGAACAGAUUACAGGGUGGUGGUACAAUGUUCGCACUUCAGCCUCUCAUAGCAGUGCUAGUGGUCAUACUGGUCGCAGUAAUGGUCAGUCAGAAGUUGCUGCUCAUGCAUGUGCCAGUAUGUGUGAUGAAAUGGUUGUCCUUUGGAGGCUGGCCGUUCUAGACCCUACAAUCAGUCCCCAAAGACGGAGGGACCUUUGCUCCCAGCUACGUCAAUGGCAACUAAAAGUGAUUGAGAACGUUAAGAGGGGUCAACACAAAAAGUCUUUAGAUAAACUCUUCCAGGGCUUCAAACCGGCGGUGGAGGCAUGUUAUUUCAAUUGGGAACCAGCGUACCCCAUCCCUGGAAUCACCUACUGCAGCUCUGACAAAAAGAACUCUUUCUCCUGGGUUAAAGCCUUUCAACAGAGAAGCUGUCGACUACAGUGCACAGAAGCUGUGUGUGAAGGUGGUCGGGCACAAGGGCAUGAGAGCUGCCUGCUUUUUGGAGACAGAUCGCGUCCCUCUUCUCAGGAAAUGUCCGUACGCCCGAAGGAGCUUGUGGCAAAGAGAAAAGUGGCUUCUGAAGUACCUCAAAGGGUGUUAAGACGACUUUCUGCAGAAGGGGGAGAAAAAAACAUAUAUAAGCCCACUGUUACCAAAACAAAGAUGCCAGCAAGCAAGUGUAUGGCCAGUAAGCACAGUGGCAAGCGUCGAAUGAGCAGUGAAGACAGUUCACUGGAACCAGACAUGGCUGAAAUGAGUCUUGAUGAUAGCAGCUUGGCACUUGGAGCUGAAGCCAGUAAUACCUUUAGCUUCAUAGAAUCCCCUUUAAGUAGAAGGUAUCGAGACAACUUUGAGGAUGAAGGAGGUGUGUAUUAUUCAGAAGGCAUGGAACCUUCAGCCAUUGUCAGUCAAUCAAUUCCUAAGGUUGAUGCUGAUCUGAUCGUGGAAGCUACAACUGCUGCUGGCAGUGGAGAGGAGGACCCGAUCGUUGCAGAUGAUGUGGAGGGUAAAAGCCUCAAACCAGAAGAAGUAGCCAAAAAUGGAGCAAUUGGAGGUGGUCAAGGGGAAAGUAAAAGCACAGAGGAAAGUGAGACCCAUGAAAAGGGGGAGGAGGAAGAUGACUAUCAAGCUUACUAUGUAAACCCCCAAGAGGCAGCUAAAAACGAAGAUGAGAAGGCAGAGGAAGGGACAGAAGAAGAGCAAGAUAUAUUUGCAGGAAUAAAGCCUCUUGACCAGGAAAAUAGAAUGGAGGUACUUUUUGCUUGUGCCGAGGCUCUGUAUGCUCAUGGAUAUAGUAAUGAAGCUUGUCGUCUCACAGUGGAGCUAGCUCACGAUCUACUGCUUAACCCACCUGACCUGAAGGUGGAGCAGCCUCCAACAAAGGGUAAAAAGAACAAAGUUUCCACAACUAAGCAGACUUGGAUUGCUACAAACACCCUAUCCAAAGCUGCUUUUCUUCUGACUGUGCUAAGUGAGCGUCAGGAGUACCACAACCUGGCUUUCUGUAUUGGCAUGUUUGCUCUGGAACUUCAGAGACCCCCUGCAUCCACCAAGGCACUGGAGGUGAAGUUGGCAUAUCAGGAGUCUGAGGUUGUAUCACUAUUGAAGAAGAUUCCUUUGGACUGCAAUGAAAUGAACACUAUUCGUGAGCGUGCUAAAGAGUUACGGGAUGGCACUUUGUGUGAUUAUCGGCCUGUUCUCCCUCUUAUGUUGGCCAGUUUUAUUUUUGAUGUCCUUUGUACUCCAGUUGUAUCCCCAACAGGUUCCCGUCCUCCAAGUCGUAACCGUAACAACGAGAUGCCUGGGGAUGAAGAGCUGGGGUUCGAGGCAGCUGUUGCUGCACUAGGCAUGAAAACCACAGUCAGUGAAGCUGAGCAUCCUUUGCUUUGUGAAGGGACACGAAGAGAGAAGGGUGACUUGGCACUAGCUCUGAUGAUUACCUACAAAGAUGAUCAGUCCAAGCUGAAAAAGAUACUGGAUAAGCUCUUGGAUCGAGAAAGUCAGACUCAUAAACCACAAACUUUGAGCUCCUUCUACUCCUCCAGUAAACCAACAACGGCCAAUCAAAAGUCUCCUUCUAAGCAUGCUUCACAGUCUACAACAACUAUAAUAAUAUCAAGUAGUCCAGCCAGUCAUCAGCAACCAGGAGUGACCCCUGCAGUCCAUGGGGCAAUAACUGAGAACUUUUCAGACAAGAUUCAAGACAACAACCAGAAAUCCUCCAGUGAGCCUGCAGGGGAAGCACAGGUGUAUAAGCAGGAAGUGAAAGUUCCUAGCCGACUAGCCCUUGGUAACCGGGGAGGCUAUAAUGGUCGAUGUUGGGGGUCACCAGUGCGUCAGAAAAAGAAGCAUACAGGAAUGGCCAGUAUUGAUAGCAGUGCCCCAGAGACAACAUCUGACAGUUCGCCAACCCUUAGUCGCCGACCUCUUCGUGGAGGCUGGGGAGCCACUCCCUGGGGGCGAGGACAAGACAGUGACAGCAUUAGUAGCUCAUCCAGUGACUCACUUGGUUCAUCGUCCUCUAGUGGUAGCAGGCGAGCAAGCGGUGGCGCUAGAGCCAAGACAGUGGAGAUGGGCAGGUAUAAGGGACGUCGUCUAGAGAGUCACGCUCCGCAUGUCCCUAAUCAGCCUUCAGAAGCUGCUGCCCACUUCUAUUUUGAAUUGGCAAAGACUGUCCUCAUUAAAGCUGGGGGGAAUAGCAGCACUUCUAUAUUCACACAUCCUUCAUCCAGUGGUGGACAUCAAGGCCCCCAUCGCAACCUGCACCUGUGUGCCUUUGAAAUAGGUCUCUAUGCCCUGGGCCUGCACAAUUUUGUGUCUCCAAACUGGCUUUCUAGGACAUACUCUUCACAUGUUUCCUGGAUAACUGGUCAAGCCAUGGAGAUUGGUAGUGCAGCCCUGAAUAUCCUCGUGGAGUGCUGGGAUGGGCAUCUAACUCCUCCAGAGGUGGCAUCCUUGGCAGACAGAGCUUCUCGAGCCAGAGAUUCUAACAUGGUGCGAGCUGCAGCUGAACUGGCUCUGAGCUGCCUCCCUCAUGCCCAUGCACUAAAUCCGAAUGAGAUCCAGCGAGCUCUGGUACAGUGUAAGGAACAGGACAACCUGAUGUUAGAAAAGGCAUGCAUGGCAGUAGAGGAUGCAGCUAAGGGAGGAGGUGUUUAUCCAGAGGUCUUGUUUGAAGUGGCUCAUCAGUGGUACUGGCUGUAUGAGCAGAUGGCUGGUGGGACUCCAGUUCCGCGAGAAGGAGCUACUGGCUGCAGUGCAGGAGCAACGCGUUCUGUGGUUGAAGCUGUGCGUGGACUUACAGACAGCAGGAUAAUAACCGAUACCUCCACUGUGACUGUGGCAGCAGCAGUGACUGCAGCAACUGUGGUUCCAGUGAUUUCAGUUGGGUCAACAAUUUACCCCCCACAUACUGCAAUGGCUCAUCCUCACACCCAAGGACUACACCCCUAUUCCACUCUGCAGACACAUAUACCGACAGUCUGUACUCCCCAGUACAUUGGAAUUCCUCGGCAGCAAAUCCCGCAACCCACCGUCUUCCCAGUACCCGGGACAUUGUACACACAGGGUGUCCACCCAGCUUUCAUUGGAGCACAGUACCCCUACACAGUUACAACUCCUUCCAUAGCAGCUACAGCCGUCUCCUUUCCAGGGGCGCCAGUUCCUUCAAUGACCCAGAUUGCUGUUCACCCUUUUCACACGGAGGCAGGGCUUUCACUGUCUUCUAAUGUAGCAAGUGUCACUCUAUUCCCUUUGCACACUUGGAACAGAAAGGAUGUUGCUGUAGCAACAACAGACCCGGUCGACUUUAGAUGGCAAUGCAAAGUAGGAAGCGUUCAUACAGGAGCCACCUUUCCCACAAUCCCUGGGUCCACCAUAACUACAAUUAGCACCCAGCCUGCCCAAAUAGUUACUGGAGGCUUCCCUGCUGAGGAUGAACAGCACAGUCAGCCAGUCAGUCCACAAGGAUUACACUAUCUCCACUCAGCUUAUCGUGUUGGGAUGCUGGCAUUAGAGAUGCUGGGACGCAGAGCUCACAAUGACCAUCCCAACAACUUCUCCAGAAGCCCCCCAUACACAGAAGAUGUGAAGUGGCUGCUAAGUUUAGCUGCCAAGUUAGGAGUUAAUUAUGUGCAUCAGUUCUGUGUCGGGGCAGCAAAAGGCGUGCUCAGUCCAUUUGUCCUACAGGAAAUCAUUAUGGAGGCUCUUCAGCGUCUUAACCCCGCCCACAUCCAUAACCACCUGCGCACCCCUGCUUUCCAUCAGCUGGUUCAACGUUGUCAGCAGUCCUACAUGCAGUACAUCCACCAUCGUUUAAUACACCUUACCCCAGCGGACUAUGACGACUUUGUAAAUGCCAUUCGCAGUGCAAGGAGUGCAUUCUGUCUCACCCCUUUGGGAGCCAUGCAGUUCAAUGACAUUCUACAGAAUCUGAAGAGGGGCAAACAGACCAAGGAGUUGUGGCAAAGGGUAUCGCUGGAAAUGGCUACCUACUCACCUUGACCCCACCAGCAAUGUGCAGAAACAGCGGUCAGAAUUAUUGUGGUCAAAGCAAGUAGCAAAUUAACAGCUUCCACAUCAAGGACUGUAGCACUGUAUUGGUCAAGCAUUGAGAUUUCAUUGAUGGUUAUUUAGCGCCAGCAGGACAUAAGAGCCAGCUCCUGGCUUUUCGUACAGCGAGAAACUGAUAGGGUUGCAGCUCUAUGAACUCUUUGUACAAGGUUGGAUUUUUUUUUUAAUUAUAUAAAUAUAUAUAAAUAUAAUUUUUAUUUUAGUUAAUACAAUCACAGGUUUACUGUGUCAUUCCUUAUAUUACAGAACACUUGUUGACGUAUAUGCCUCACUUCCUAUGUUGGCUUUGGUGAUAUUGGCUGGGUCUUUGUUCAGUUACUUAGGGUUCAUUUGCCGUGGGGUGCAUGUUUGUCUAGUCCCAUCUUUGAAAAAAAUAUUUAUUUUGUUGUGUUUUUUUUGGUGUUUGGCACUUGCUCUGGCAUUGGGCCCAUAGUACAGUUUUGAUUCCUUUACAGAUAUACAGAAAAGGGGUUAUUUCCCUUUCUCCUAGCCAAUAUUCUCAGAGCAUUUCUACGGGGGGCUUAUUCCAUACUCUGUCAGAGAACUGGUGUCUGUUUUACCACCAGCCAAAACCCCAACAGGGAUGUUCAAGUUUCAUUAUGUAUGUCCACUUAAAAGCAGAGUAUUUGUCCUUUUUGUUGUUUUUUCUUUCCUGUUAGAUUAAUGCUUUUGUGUCUUAUUUUUGUUUCCUAAUUAAAAGAGAAACAAUUCUUUACA